AGGAGGGCUGUCCCCAUCCCAUGGCAGGCUCUGCCCUUUGCUCUACUCUCCGCCCCAGUCCUGUGGCCGUUUCCCAGCGCCGCCCCGGGACUCGCACUGCCUGCAGGAUUCCAUAACCGCACUAGUGGACAGCGGCCUGGGACCUAACCCUCAUAGAGCCCAGCCUGAGCCAGGGACGGUUUGUGAGAAGAAAGAAGAAUUAUGCCAGUUCCGCCUCCUCCACCUGCGCCCCCACCACCUGCAUAUGGGGGUCCUCCACCGCCCCCUCCACCUGCAUUUUCUCAGCAGAACAGAGCUGGACCUUUAAAACCUAAACAGGAAGGUUCGGAGGGCAGAUCAGCAUUAUUGUCAGACAUACACAAAGGGGCUCGUCUGAAGAAAGUCACACAAGUCAAUGAUCGAAGUGCUCCCCAGAUUGAAGAUUCAAAAAAGAACAACAGUUCUGGGAAUGGAAGAGCAGCAAUGGCGCCUCCCUCCGGGGGAUUAUUUGCCGGAGGAUUUCCCGUAUUGAAACCUCCAGGUCAGAGAGAUUCCGCAGGACCCAAACCGGCCAUACAGCUUCCAGGAAUGAAAAACAGUGCAUCAAAGCCCCACGACCAAAUAUCUGCUAACACGAAAAAUGCUCAGAGGUCACCUGAUUUACCAAGACCACCACCUUCUUCUGCACCACCAAGUAUUGCAUUGAGAACCCCGCCACCACGACCAACUGUUUUAGGCACCGUGCCUCCAGCUCCACCGCCAGCUCCACCUCCAGCCCCACCAGCCAGUAGUAAACCACAACUACAGUUGCCAGCUGCUCCUGCUGCCCUUCCCCCUCCAUAUAAAGAAAGGCCUGCAAAAUGUACAGUAAAUCCCAACGCAGCUCCUCCUCCUCCACCACCACUACCACCACCUCUGCAGUCUCAAACUAACAAGUCUCCAAAGUUCCAAAGGCCUCAUUCACAGUCUUUCCCACCACCACCUCCGCCACCUCCUCUUCACCCUCCUCCAGCACCACCCUCUUUAUAUUCUUCCAGGAUAGAAGAGUACUCAAGCCCUUCCCCUCCACCACCUGACCCUUGUGUAUAUUUGGAGGUUCUGCCAUCUGGACAACCAAGCAAAGUUUACGAGGUCCCAGACUCUUUCCCUCCACCACCAGAUGUCCUUGAGUACCCAUCAUAUCCUCCGCCACCACCUCCCCCAUUAUCUCAGUCCGCUAGGCGCAGAUUGUCAGAGCCUUUUCCACCGCCACCACCUUGUGCCGCUGACCAGGGUGUGCCACUGAAACCACCAAAAUCUCCUGCUGUGAAACAUUCUGUGCCUCCUUAUCAUGGUACUGUUCCAAGGAUACACAAACCUCCAGCAUUUCCUGGUGGAAAGCCUCCACCACCACCACCAGCAAGAUCUCCCUUUACAGAACUGUCCAGCAGGCAGCAACCUACUCAGAAUACGUCAAACCGGACUUCAGCUCAGCCAAGUCACCCCCUAGAUGAUUUUGAAUCUAAAUUUACUUUCCAUUCACUGGAUGAAUUGCCGCCUCCAGAAGUAUAUGAACCCUUUGAACGUGUCUAUCCCAGCAAGUGCCCAAAUGUUACUGCACCACCUCCACUUCCACCUCCAGUGAGAUACCAGAUGAGAUGAGCCUUCAAGAACUGAAGCCCAGGAUAAGCAAAUCUUUUAUCUAAUGUGCUUGUUAGUGGCUUUUUUCUAAGUUAUUGUCGUAUUGUCUGAUCACACUAAGCUGUGUUGCCUCUAAAUGUGUGUGUAUAGCAGAAUACGGACAUAUUUAUACUGUCAGGAAAACUCACUUAGUAUGGGUAUUACAGUCAGGAUUCUGAAUCCCAGGAAUGCUAUUAUCGUGGUACAAAUAAUAAUUUGCUGAAGGAGCACUUUUUUCCAUUUAAUUGGAAAUUGUACCCCAAGAAAAAAAACCUCCUAUAUUUGUUAGCUUAGUCUACAAAAAUUGAGUUAUAUUCUCUGUAGCUCUCCAAAUGCCUCUUAUAUUUGCUAGAUUUGUCUACAGAAAUGGAGCACUAUACUCUAUGACCAACCGUCUUAAUUAUUCCAGUCACAGCAUGAACAUACUAACAUUUUGAGAUCAUUGGAGAUGAGUAACGCAAGUCAAGAGAUAAUACACAAAGAAGUAAAUAAUGUGUAGUCUAUGAAUCUAUGUAAUUGGUAGGUGACUUAGCAAAUGGCUUGGGACCCAUAAACUAAACUGAAUAUUUAAAUACCUAUAUAUUUUUUUUUUUUUGGCAUUUAGAGGCCACAAAGAACACUGUCAAGUAUUUGGCUGUGAUUAUUUUACUGAAAUUUUAAAAAAGCAACAACAAAAAAAAAAAGCUGAAAUUUUAUUAAUUAACCUCUGUUCUUAAUACAUCAGUUGUUGCCUCCAUCACAGUAUGAGAAAAGUAGUGGGAAAUACUUGCUGCUGCGUUUUGAAAAAAACAAUUUCAACCACCAAUAAUCUCCUGCUAGAAUGGAGCUCUUUGGAAAAGGGCUGUAAUUAUCUAUUUGUAUGUGUGUGUAUUUUUCAGCACCAAUUGCCUUGUCCUGUUUUGUUAAAUUUGUUGUCACAUGCAGAGAAAUGUGGCCCAUCAGCUGUGUUCUGACUAUAAUUACCAUAAUUCUAUGUCAGAAUGAAGCUGGGGGCAUUAUUGAAAACAGAGUGUAAGAGCUGUAGCCAGGGCUUAGACACUCUCAUAAUAAAUACAUUGAUAAAUAAA